GACUGCAGAAGGCUAUAGGCAGGCAGCCGGGGUUUCAAAGCAGAAAAUCAUGUACUGAUGGUGGUGCCUGAUUGUGUGUAAGAAACGAAACCAUCCUUUACUGCUGUUUAAAUUGUGGAUAACGCGAGACAGUAAUUGGUAUGGAGAGAACCGAAACAGAAUUUCAUGAAAAAGAAGCUACUGGUAUGAACGAAAAUGGCAUUCAAAUUAAAAAGGAAGAAGAAUAUUCGGAGUUCCUGGCACUUUUCAGUAGUAGCUGUGAGCAGGAGUAUGUUCCUCCAAAUUGUAUCUACAUCAAAGAAGAAGAUUUGGUUACUGAGGAACUGGUAGUGAAGGAUCCUGAGGAUGAAGAAGUUGAUGUUGAAAACAUUGAUGAUCACCUACAGGACGGUGGCAUGAAAGAUGAUCAAGAGUUCCCUCACAAUGUGAUGGAACCCCUAGUGCAAGUAGAAACCCAAGAGUGCAAGCAGGAAUGGGAUGCAGAGGAAGUUGUGGAAAGCUGUGAUACAGCAGUCGGGGUGGCGUCGUGCCCAGAGUGCAGCCUGCAGCUGCCGGACGGUGCGUCGCUUUCACGCCACGUGCUGUCUCACCAGCUGCAGCGCCGCCUCACCUGCGCGCUCUGCGGCCAGCUGUGCUCGAGCUCCGUAAUGCUCAUGCGCCACCUCCACUCUGCACACGCCGUCGACAUGCCGGCUGCCGGGGUGCCGUCCUCUUCCGCCUCACCCGAGGAUACAAUGGCUCCAGUGAGGAGGACAAAACGCCCGUACGUCCGCAGGGCCGUGCCUGCCGUCACAGCGAGGGUGCGGAGCCCCGGUGAGAAGCAGGAGUACCAGUGCUCGCAGUGCAACAAGAUGUUCCACAGCCGCUACCGCCUGGAGACCCAUGAAAGGAUGCACAAGGAGGGGGGACUCUUCCCUUGCAUGUACUGUCCCAAGUGCUUCACACGUGAGAACGCACUCAAGACUCACCUUCUCAAGCAUAAUGGUGAAAAGCCAUUUGUGUGCACACAGUGUGGGAAUCGGUUCCGCAACAAGCACAAUCUGACAGUGCAUAUUCGGCUGCACACUGGAGAACUACCGCACGAAUGCAAAAUAUGUGGCAAGCGUUUCCGUAUCAAGUGCUCGCUUACUGUUCAUAUGCUGGAACAUGCUGGUGAAACGCCCUACAAGUGUGCCGUUUGCAACAAAGGGUUCAAAACAAAAAGGUGUGCAAAAGUGCACAUGCGCAGCACUCACACGGGAGAACGGCCCUUUGUGUGCCACCUUUGUGGGAAGCGCUUUGCGUGGUGUGGUGAGCUUAACAAGCACAUAAAGAUACAACACACAGGUGUCAUUCCGCCCAGGCCAUACAGGUGCAGGAAGUGUUUCACCAAGUUCAGGUUUAAGCCAGACUAUGACAAGCACGUUGCCAGCUGUACCGAGCUAGCUGUUCCCCAAGGAGCACUGCGUUACGAAUGUCACGAAUGCGGAGAAAAGUUCCAUCGUAGGAUUGCACUCAGAUAUCAUUUGGAAGAUGCACAUGGGGCAACCUCAAAAGCUAUUGGACGAUUUGAGUGCGAGCCAUGUGGGCGCAGGUUUUUGAGGAAGACAACGCUUCGGAUUCAUAUUCGAAGGCAUCUCGAACCCAAUGCUGAGGCAGAAAAUGAAUGCCCCUAUUGUAAACUGCAGUUGCAUUCAAGGGGUUCACUUGAGCGACAUGUGAGAACCCAUACAGGUGAAAGACCAUUUGCCUGUCCUCAGUGUAAUAAAAAGUUUGGGCGCAAUGGCGACCUCGCGAAGCACCUGCGUACACACGUCGAUGUACCGACUGAGACGUGCGACCAGUGCGGUAAAACGUUCCGCUGGAGGAGUGCCCUGUACAGGCACAUACGAGGCAUGCACACAGUUGAGCGCCCCCACGAGUGCUCCCUGUGUGGCAGCUGUUUUGCUUGGGGCAACGAACUUAGAAAGCACAUGCGCCUACACACAGGAGGGAAUCCGUACCCCUGCCACCUUUGCCCGCGACAGUUCCCCACCAAACGAAUUUUGACGAAUCACCUCCUGGAACACACAGGAGAAGUGCCAGAUGAUUAGGCAGGGUACGGCACAUUCCAAUCUGAUAAAUCUGGUAACAGUUUUACUGGUACCAGUUUUGCAGGGUUUUGUACAAGCAACUUGUGAAGUACCUGAUUAGAGUAUAAAUUCCCUUGUUGUAACUCAUGCUAGAAACUUGCACAGCAUCUACUGAUAAGCACAUCCAUUUAAUAUUUCUUUUCUUGAAUACAGUAAUCUUUAAAGAGUCAUUUCCUUUUAAUGCAUAUUGAAGUCCUGGGUGACAUAGUAGUUAAAUCACCUUUCUAGAUACAUUACAUUAAAUAAGAUACUGUAUGUGUCUAAGGAGAAGGGCAUUUAGCCCUUAUUUUUCAGAUUUUUUUUCUUCCUUUACAUAUAUGUAUACAUCAUUGCCCACUGAACUGCUAGAUAACAUGAAGUGUGUCUUCGGAAAUACCAACAACAAAAAGUAUACAUAUUGCCAUUUAAAAAGCAGUGUAGAUC